GGCGGGCGGGCGGGCCGGCAGACAAGUAAAGGCACAUGGGAGGGAGAGAGACUGGGGCCGGGACUCCAGGGCGCUGAGGAGCCGCAGUCGCGGCCCUGAGCUGCGCGCCGCCACCGGUGCCGGUCUCUGUCCGAGUCCCUGUCCCCGUCCCAGUCCCCAUUCCUGUCCCUCUCCCCACCCCCAACUCCAGGCGCUUCCUCGGGGGCUCGGAGCCGGUUCUCGCUCCCCCUCCUAACCUCCCCCGCGGGCUGUUCCCACUGCCCGGGUUGGGGUUCUGCUUUGAGGCCAGUUGGGCAAAUUAUCCUGGGCCCCCUCCCCUCCUGCCAGGGAGACGCCCUCGCCCCCGCCCCGCCUCCGGGCCAGUUGACUGCUCCGUAGCCGGGGCGGACUGGGCUCAGGAUGCCGCGGGCAGGCUCACCAUGGUGGUAGGGCGCGCCGAGCGCCCGCCUGUGCAGGUCCCCAUUGCCGCCACGGUUGCUGUCCUGUUUCUGAGAGCUGGGCUCCGGGCCGCCGCUGCCUAGCCCAAGCCCGAACCUCGCUCCGCACCUCGGGGCGCUCCCCCCCGCCCCCGCCCCAGCCCGGCCUCCCUCCCCCGCCCCAGCUGUUUAUGGCUCAGUCUAUCUUCCUGGAUCAUGCACAGAAACUUUCGCAAGUGGAUUUUCUACGUGUUUCUCUGCUUUGGCGUCCUCUACGUGAAGCUGGGAGCUCUGUCAUCUGUGGUGGCUUUGGGAGCCAAUAUCAUCUGCAACAAGAUCCCUGGCCUGGCCCCCCGACAACGAGCCAUCUGUCAGAGCCGCCCCGACGCCAUCAUCGUGAUUGGAGAAGGGGCACAGAUGGGGAUCAACGAAUGUCAAUACCAGUUCCGCUAUGGCCGAUGGAACUGUUCUGCACUUGGCGAGAAGACCGUCUUUGGGCAGGAACUUCGAGUGGGGAGUCGGGAAGCUGCCUUCACUUAUGCAAUCACAGCUGCUGGAGUGGCCCACGCGGUCACCGCGGCCUGCAGCCAGGGCAACCUAAGCAACUGCGGCUGUGACAGGGAGAAGCAAGGCUACUACAACCAGGAGGAGGGCUGGAAGUGGGGCGGCUGCUCGGCCGAUGUCCGCUACGGCAUCGAGUUCUCCAGGCGCUUCGUUGAUGCCCGCGAGAUCAAGAAGAACGCCAGGCGCCUGAUGAACCUGCAUAACAACGAGGCCGGAAGAAAGGUGCUCGAGGAAAGGAUGAAGCUCGAAUGCAAAUGCCACGGGGUGUCGGGCUCGUGCACCACCAAGACGUGCUGGACCACGCUGCCCAAGUUCCGGGAGGUCGGCCACCUGCUCAAGGAGAAGUACAACGCGGCCGUGCAGGUGGAGGUGGUGCGCGCCAGCCGGCUGCGCCAGCCCACCUUCCUCAAGGUCAAGCAGCUGCGCAGCUACCAGAAGCCCCUGGACACGGACCUGGUCUACAUCGAGAAGUCCCCCAACUACUGCGAGGAGGACGCCGCCACGGGCAGCGUGGGCACUCAGGGCCGACUGUGUAACCGCACGUCGCCCGGCGCCGACGGCUGCGACACCAUGUGCUGCGGCCGGGGCUACAACACGCACCAGUACACCAAGGUCUGGCAGUGCAACUGCAAAUUUCACUGGUGCUGUUUCGUCAAAUGCAACACGUGCAGCGAGCGGACUGAGGUGUUCACCUGCAAGUAGGCGCGCCUCCCCUCCGCCCGGCCGCGACAGCCAGGACGAGCCACCCCACUGCAGCAGCAAUUUGCACAGCGAGUCUUCGGGGGGCGUGGACGUUGGGCCCCUUCCGGGCCCUCCCCUUCCCGUGAUUGAGAAGACCAGAAGCCGGGGGUUCCCCAGCUGGCUGGCAUCUGUGACCGGAGGGGAGCGGCACAGCCUCCACUGGGGCUCCGGUCCCGUCCCCCCCCCCGGCAGCCUCGCAGUCCAGCUUUCAUUCCGCUGCGCCCCCGACCGUGAUGGGGGGGGCGGGGGCGGGGUCCUCUGGCGCUGAGCCAGCUCCACUGGAGAAGCUGCUUGGGAAAAGCUUCCCAGAGCGGUCUGGAGAAGAGAGCGCAUUUCCCGCCUGUUUCCUGUUUCUCCGAAAAGAUAGAAAUGAACCCCCUUCCCAACUCCCCAAAACCUCCUGACUCCCCCUCCGAGAGAGAGAGAGAGAGAGAGAGAGAGAGAGAGAGAGAGAGAGAGAGAGAGAGAGACAGAGAGAGAGAGAGAGAGAGAGACAGAGAGAGAGAGAGAGGAAGAGGGGAAGAAAGUGUCGCGAGUGAAAGAGAAUCAGCCAGACUGCGGGUGCUGCUUGGUACUGCUUCAGGUGUCUGGGGGGUCCGACACCGACUAGAGAACAAGCCAGCACUUGUAGGGAAAUGAGUUGAAAUGAAAAAAUGCCACUGUCUUAGGUGAGGGAAAAAGUAAACUGGCACUCACACUGAACAGUCUACAGAAUUAUUUAUGUUUUCAGCAUCAGCGCCAUUUCACAGCAUUAACGGGUAGCGAUGUCUUCGCUCUGUACUAAAUGUCAGCUUGUUGGACUCCUGACUUGCUGCUUCCUGGAUUGGGUUGUUCCCAAGGCCUAUUGUGUCGUGUUGUUGUUGUUGUUGUUGUUGUUUGCAUUUAGUGCUACUGAUCUGUGGUCGCCAAUUUGUAGUGUAUAGAGCGUUAGACAGGGGCCUGGUCAUUUAGGCAAGACUGGGAUGACAGAUUCUUCCAAGGGUGGCAUCUCCUUACCCCUAAGCCCUGUGAGACCGGUCACUGGCUUGGGUAUUCCCAGGUGCAGAAUGCUUCUGGCCUGAGGGGUAUGGGGACACUCCAAGCCCCAAGUCAAAUGGAAGAUGAACUUUGAAGAAAUGCACUGAGAGAAUCUUUCAACAAAGACCAGCCUCCUCCCUCUCACCCCAACACCAUCCUUGGAAAUUGUCUCUCAAAUGGUGCUUCUUGAACGGCUGCCUCUCCCGUACCUGGCCAUAGGCUUGGGUACCUGCCUGUUGCCUCCAAGUCAAUAUAUGUCCAAAGGCAGGGAGGAGGUGCCUCGGGAUGCUUUACCUGCCCAGUGAUCUCCCCCUGCCCCAGGACUCAUCUUUGACUGAGGGUCUCUAAGGGAUGUCCAAAGUCCUAGUUCUGGGAAAUCCCUUUUUCUUUAUCCUGAUGUGAAAUGAUAGUCCCAUUCUCAAAGCCCUUCCCUCAUGGCAAAUCCAAGACAGAGACAGUAUGAAGGUGACCAUCCCCAUUUUACAGAGGAGGAAACUGAGGCAUGGAAAUAUGAAAUGUCUUUCCGAAAACCGCAAAACUAGUAAGCAUUGGAGUGGUAUCCUGGCUGCAAUCCCAGGACUUUUCCCAUUAGAAUACAGAAAUCUGAAGGGCCUGGCCUGGGUCCAGGGCUUUGCAGGACAAGCCUGGUAGGGAUUCCCCUCUAUUCUGAAGAAAAGGGCUGCAGUGGUGACAUUGCAGAAAGCAGCACACUCUGUCCUUUCUACUGUGCUCUCUGCCUCAUGUCCCCAAAUCUCUGCUCACCCCCAAACGGCAUCCCCAAAGGGAGUCUAGAAGGAACCUCAUAUGAAAAGGUGUUUAAUGAGUUCAAUUGGAGCCUCUUGAACAAAGGUCAAAGUGAGUAGGGACCAAGAACCUUAAUGCCAGAGAGGGGAUGGAUCUUAGAAUUGAGGAUGUCAUAACAGGAAUGGACCUAAGAACCCAGAAUAUCAAAGGGAAUCUGGACCCUGGAAUUUCAAAGUUGGAAGAGACCUUAGAAUCUAUAAUUUCAGAAAUAGAAGGGACCUUAGAACCUAGAAUGUCAGAGUUAGGAGGUACCUUAGAACCUAGAAAGCUAGAGCUGGGAGGUCCUUAGAAUCUAGAAUUUUGAAGCUGAGAGGGCCCUUGGAACAUAGAUGGCAGAGCUGGGAGGAACCUUAAAACAUGGAAUAUCAAAGCUGGAAGAGCUCUUUAGAAGACAGGAUGUUAGAGCUGGGAAGGAUCUUAUAUUACAGAAUGCUACUGAACCUCAGAAUGUCAGAGUUGGGGGGGUGGGGCUUAGAAAAUGAAUGUUAGACCUAAGGAGGACCUUAGAGCAGAGAAUGUCAGAGCUGGGAAGGUCCUUCCAACAUGAAUGUUAGAACCUCCCAAUGCAGAAAGUCAAAGCUGGGAAGAAUCUUCAGGUAUGAACAUCAGAACAGGAAAGAGACCUGAAGAGAGGCUAUGGUCCAACCUACUCAGUUGUACAGAUGAAAAAAAUGGAGCCUCACAGGAGAGAUUUCUCUGAAUCUGCAUCACUAUGCAGAGCUUGGUUCUGCCACCCAAUAUCUGUCUCUGCCCUGCUACAUUUUUUGAAAAAGACGCAGAAAACCAUUCUCCCUUGUGGCCUGUCCUGUUCUAGUACUGACUGAUCAGCUCCAGGGCCCCAAACCCAAGAGGGAGGGUGAGCCUUGAGAUUUUUUUUCUCAGAAAAUGGAAAAUCUUAGGGUUCUCCUGCCUUGACAGUUCUCCAUAGCCCUGUAGCCAUGAUUGUCCCCAUUUUACAGAAGAGGGAAUUGAGCCUCUGGGUGGGAAGGGGAUUGAUUUGCCCAGGUCACAAUGACAGGUAGCAGUGGGAGCAUUCAAAGCCAGUCCUCACGACUCCAGGUGCCCAGCCCCAGGUUACUUAUCUUCCUCAAAUUUAAAAUUGUCCUUUGGAUUCUCAGGUGGGGGUCCAUGUACACUAUGAUAUGAUGUCCUUUCAGCUUGUUCUUUUGGGGGAAAAGGGCAAAGCUGCCCAGCUCCAGGAAGGCACAGGCUACUAGCGAUUGUAAAUACCUUAGAGUGGCCUUUCUUAAGGAACCCAAUUAAGUUAUAUUAUUGUAUAUCAUUUAAAUGUCUAUAGAGUACUUAAAUUAUUAUGAACCACACUUAGGAAGGGAGGAGCAGCCUGACCAGCCCCCUGUCCUGCCCCUCCUGAAACUUGGCCCCAAGCUGCCUGAGGCAUCUUCUCCUUCCUGAAAUGGGCCCCUGGCUCUGUGGUCCUUGGACACUUCUCUCUCAUCAGUUCAGCUACCAGAAAGAAAAGAGAAGAAUAUUUGAAAACAAGGUUUGGAAAUGUGUUGGGGCGAGUUCAACCUUGGACCUACGGCCAGCAUCUGAGGAACUCUGUGGCCGAGAUGGAGCAGCACGCCACCCAGCCUGAAAGCCCAAGGUGGAAGGCAGAAGGGGAGGCUUGAUCCUGGAGAGAGUGGCCUGAUCCCUGAGCUGGCUGCUCCUUGGCUGGCUGUAGGAAUGGUCCACUGGGGAGAUCCCCAUGCCCUCCUUUUGUGACCCUCUCCUCCCCCGACCAGAACACAUGGUGGUCCCACAUUCAAGAGCCCCCACCAAUCUGGCUGCCCAGCCUGGCAAGCAGUGAACACUAACAGAGCUCAGAAUACUGUAUGUUAUUAAAGGAUUUUCA